CCUCCGGCGGAAGUGGGUCUCCUCGUUUCCGGUCUGGCUUCCCUCCCGCCGUGGGAGGGGAGGGAGAGAGAGGAAGAGAAAAGGAGGCGUUCUUGCGUCCUUCUUACUUUUGGCUUUCGCUUAUUUACUUGUUUAUUUUAAGGGACAUUCGCCCUUUUCCAUCCGGAAAUUCGAGGGAGUGGGUUUCCCGCUUCACCAUCAGGAAGUGCCGCGUCCUCGCUUCCAGUCCCCUCUCUCUCUUACCUCGCACCCUCCCCCUCUUCUCUCUCUCUCUUUCUCUCUCUUUUUUCUCUUUUCCUACCUCCCACCUUCUCCCCCGAUAAAGCUGCCCUCCCAAAAUGGCGCCCCUGGACUUGGACAAGUAUGUGGAGAUUGCGCGGCUUUGCAAGUAUCUGCCCGAGAAUGACCUCAAGCGCUUGUGUGACUACGUCUGUGACCUUCUUCUAGAAGAAUCUAAUGUGCAGCCAGUGUCUACACCAGUUACAGUCUGUGGCGACAUACAUGGACAGUUUUAUGAUUUAUGUGAAUUGUUCAGAACUGGAGGUCAGGUUCCUGACACAAACUAUAUAUUUAUGGGUGACUUUGUAGACAGAGGCUAUUAUAGCCUUGAGACGUUUACCUAUCUUCUUGCCCUAAAAGCAAAAUGGCCUGAUCGCAUCACACUUUUACGUGGGAAUCAUGAGAGCAGACAGAUAACUCAAGUAUAUGGAUUUUAUGAUGAAUGCCAAACCAAAUAUGGUAAUGCUAAUGCCUGGAGAUACUGCACCAAAGUUUUUGACAUGCUCACAGUAGCAGCGUUAAUAGAUGAGCAAAUCCUCUGUGUACAUGGGGGCCUGUCUCCAGACAUAAAAACACUGGACCAGAUUCGGACCAUCGAGCGCAACCAAGAGAUCCCACACAAAGGAGCUUUUUGUGACCUUGUUUGGUCUGACCCAGAAGAUGUGGACACCUGGGCCAUAAGUCCCCGAGGUGCAGGCUGGCUGUUUGGGGCAAAAGUCACAAAUGAGUUUGUCCAUAUCAACAACUUAAAGCUCAUCUGCCGAGCCCACCAGCUGGUGCACGAAGGUUAUAAAUUUAUGUUUGAUGAGAAGUUGGUCACAGUGUGGUCUGCUCCGAACUACUGCUACCGCUGUGGAAAUAUUGCCUCAAUCAUGGUAUUUAAAGAUGUAAAUACAAGGGAACCAAAGCUCUUCCGUGCAGUUCCAGACUCAGAACGUGUGAUCCCCCCAAGAACAACCACACCGUAUUUCCUCUGAGAUGUGGCUUUGCCCUUUUCUUUUGUGACAUACCCUUUUAGCACUUUGCUGCUGAAAUGCUGCCUCUUGCCUUUUAUAUUCUUAAAUUAUCUAAAUGUGUUGUAUAUUGUCAAUAGGGAUGCAUAUUUAAAUCUCUCUCCCUCCUCUUAUCCCUACACUACCUUACUUGCCAGCUUAUGAAAUGUCUCUGAGCACCCACCCACCUACCUACCUACCUACCUGUUUUGUAGUACUUAAUAGGGACAUUAAAUUUCCUUUAAAGAAAUAAAUCUAAACAGCAAAUCAUCAGAACUAGUCUGAUCUUUCAUUCAGAGGGGUUGACUUUGGGGGGGGGCUAUUUUUAUUAAUAAGCUCUUAAAAAUUUCAGCAGCAAAGUUGUAUUUGGUGUGCAUGAUGGGACUGUCCAAGCCCUGCUAGUGAGUACAUUUCCAAGAUGUAAAAAAAUGUCCUGGUUUAUAUUUUGUUUCAAGUCAGCAUAAAUAAAUGGUGUUAAUGGCUGCCCUUGAUCUCCCUCCACCCGUUGCUUUAUUUUUUUAGGAUUUAAACUAAAAUGCAAAGCCUCGUACAGGUAAACGAAUUUGUACAGUGAAAUAAUUGUUCUGAUUUUUCUCAGAUACUUUGUCUUUUUAAUAAAGUCAUAACUUAGUCUCUAGGUUAAGCAUUCACAAUAAAGCCCUACAUUGUU